AGCUCUUGCUUCUUGCUUUCGGCUUAAUUGCCGACACCUUGAAGCAUUGCCUUGGAAAGUUGUUCCAAACCGAAAAGCAACUCCAAAUGCCAUGCAAUCGCCUCGAGUUUUAGCACCCGUUUGAGACAAGGUCCCUUCGAAGCAAUUGAUCUGCGCAAUCACUGAACCCAUUUGAAGCUGGUUAUUGAUAGGACAGACGACCUGCCUGCGCUGGAACAGCUCAAGGUUCAAAGCGUCUGCAACAGCUUGCAUCUUCGAUGAAACGACUUUCGAGGAGGCUUUCUGAUUAUCUGAUUUAAGAGAAGAGAAACCUCAGUAUUCGGGCAAAUAUAUAGACCCCAGCUUUGGGAGAAUCAGCACAAAAAGGAUGGCGCUGGUUUCGCUGUCCUGCACGCAUGGCACUUUGGAAAUCGAGCUCUUUUACAAGGAGACCCCAAAAACUUGCCGAAACUUCAUCGAGCUGAGCAAAGCAGGGUAUUAUGACGGCUGCAUUUUUCAUACUCUAGUGCCAGAAUACAUCUGCCAGACUGGGGACCCCAAAGGCGAUGGUACUGGCGGUGAAAGCAUAUAUGGCCCUGUGUUCCAAGAUGAGAUCAGCUCCAAGCUGAGCCACGACCGGAAGGGAGUUGUGUCCAUGGCCAAUGCUGGCAGAAAUGCGAACUCGUCGCAAUGGUUCAUCACGUAUAAGCCAAGCCCGCACUUGGACGGCAAGCACACCGUUUUUGGGCAAGUCACGGAGAGCACCCUCAGCGUGUUGGACGACAUGCAGCUCGUGAAGACGAAGCACGACAAGCCUCUCAAAGAGGUCAAGAUAUACUCCGCCGAAGUGCUCCAAGAUCCUUGGGCAAAACAGCCGUUGCCCGAAGGCGCAUGCAUUCCAGACAAGCCGCUGGUGUCCGGAAGCCGAAGCGGCAAGAAGCAGUGCUCCAUCCAGUGACGUGCAUCGCGGCUGCGAAAAGUUCACUUUGUAACAUAAGUAUGUUGAAUAUUGAUACAGCGACCUGGCCACCAAGCAGACUGAACUUCUCCAUCGUCAACAAACAUAACACGUUCGUUGUCAGAACAAACCGCGGAAACGGCGAGAGCGCACGGCUCGUGCGCUGUCAGCGUUCAGCUAGCCACAGGGUAUGUUUGUCUGUGCAAUUUAGGAGCGUGCACAGGUUGGAAAACGUGUUGGUUAAACGAGUUCCUCUUUGAGAUUGUCAAUUCAAACGGAUGCUCUGACAAUCCUACAGAGACCC